GCCUGCUCGCGCUCACGUGGAGAAAGAAGAUCUAUGGCCUGCAACUUCUGCGUGCGACGUUUGGUGUGUCUUUGGCCCCCACGCUUUGGCGGGGUGCCUUCUUCGUCGAGCAGAUCGAUCCGACCGACCUUUCACGGGGUGCCGCCGUCUGCCCGUGGUUAUAUUCGGCCCUCGCAAGAACGCCCACACUAUCAGCGGUGCCAUGACUUCCGAAGGCGCGCAGCAAGAAACUGUCCCAAGGCCGACAACAUGUGUAAGAGGGAACAAGUGCCUUGAGGUCCUCAACGUCGCAUUGAAGCAGGCUUGCGAUGGACAUGACAAACGUUGGUACACGUCUACGCUGGAGCUACAGCUUGUGUCGCUGGGGUUAUGCGUCGCGUGCAGAGAUGUCCCGACCUUGCACUUGCGUGUUGAUCGACGAACGCCUCCCAGUCUGUGGUCUCCUCGCAAAUCACGCACCACACCCACCAAGCGCAGUCGAGAGGUCUGCACCUCGAGCCGCGUGCCAGCUGUGCAGGCGUUUGGUUUGACGUGGGCACUUCCGAUGGACGU